UCCCGGCCCCGCUCCUCCCGUCCCGCCACCGCCCUAGGCCUGCGCAGCGAGGUACCUGAGCAUCAACUACCUGUCAGGGACUGGAAUUCGGACAAAAAAUCCCUGUCCUCCUGGAGCAGGCAAAAAUGACCCAGACGCAGAAACAAAGGCCCAAGGAGGCUAACAGCUUGCCUGAGGUCACCCAGCCUGGAUAUUGCAGAGCUGACGUGUGAACCGACUGACCUGUGACUAGCUGACCAGAGGGCGGGGCAGCAAGCAGCUGCCUAAGAGCCCGCGCUGCCCCCAGGCCUGGCCGGUCACCAUGAAGCUGAACGAGCGCAGCCUGGCCUUCUACGCCACGUGCGACGCGCCGGUGGACAACGCGGGCUUCCUGUACAAGAAGGGCGGGCGCCACGCGGCCUACCACCGCCGCUGGUUCGUGCUGCGCGGCAACAUGCUCUUCUACUUCGAGGAGCCGGGCAGCCGCGAGCCCGUGGGCGUCAUCAUCCUGGAGGGCUGCACAGUGGAGCUGGUAGAGGCCGCUGAGGAGUUCGCCUUCGCCGUGCGCUUCGCGGGCGCGCGGGCGCGCACCUACGUGCUGGCGGCUGAGAGCCAAGCGGCCAUGGAGGGCUGGGUGAAGGCGCUGUCACGGGCCAGCUUCGACUACUUGCGGCUUGUGGUGCGCGAGCUGGACUCGGCGCCACACGGUCCCCUGGACUCGGCCCCCUUCAUCCGGCUGCACGAGUGGUACGGGCAGGAGGUGAGGGCGCUGCGCAACCAGUGGCUCAGCAGCAGGGCCCGGCCCUGAGGUCACGGACCCAAGUCCCAGCCGAGCUAGAGACGCCGGGCCUGUCCCCGGGACCUUAAGACUGUGCCCCACCGCCCGUCCUGUCGCUAAGAGGAGCCAGGUCCAGGGGCUGCCCUAGGGGUCUGAGGGGUUGGCUCUUGCAGGCAACUGGCCUCUCGGCUUGGCCGGACACGUGGCUCUGUCCCCAGGGCGCCUUCCCGGGCGGAGGGAGGGCUUGGGCGCAGCGCCGCUCCUGGCUGGACCUUUUGCUGUAGCACCUGCCAGAGAAGCUGCCCUGCCUGGGUCAUCCGCCGGCAAGUGCAGGUUUUAGGUGCGAGACCUUAGGAUGAGCUCAUCUGGUCCCAGACCUCCUGGAGGCCAUGUUCCUUGCGGGCAGCAGCUUCGGGCCCCCUCAUGCUGUCCUUGACUGCGUUCCUCAGUCACCUCCCCAGCCAGCUCUUUCCCCAGGCCUGGGUGGGACCUCUCUGCUGGCUGUCUGACCUCUAGCCCUGGGCUGGGCAGCUCUUUCCAGUAGGUUCCUGGGGGGGGGGCACUUCACUGCUGACUCACACGGGCAAGGGCCAGGUACUGACCCUGUGGGCAACAGCAGCUGCAGAGCUGUGCUUGGCCUCCAGCCCCUGUAUCCCCGAUUUCCCAGGACUCCUGUGCUUGGAGGCCAGCUGCUGACUGGCUCUCCUUCUCACUCACCACAGUGCCCAUUCUUCAUCCAGGAAGAACCCUGGGGCCGGGACACCCCUGGCUCCACCUGGGUCAUGUUUACAGUCCUCAGCUCCCUGCACCAGGGAGCCCUGAGGACACCUCACCUCCACCUUUAUUCCCUGAAGGCUGCUCCUUGGUGACCUACAGACUCAGCCCCUACUCUUCGACAGAAGAGGAAGGGCCUGGGGCUGGGGAAAUAUUGGGAGGGUCUGCAAUCAAGGCCUCCCCAGCUCCCUGCUGGCUCAGUGGGCUGGGGCUUGUCUGGGGCUGUGAAUUUUAUUUUUAAAUAUUUAGGAUGUUCUUUUUUGUUUGUUUUUCUGGCAGUGGAUCUUGGUGUUUGCCCUGCUUUUGUUCCUGUUGGGUGGCAGGAAGAAAGCCACUUCAGCUUGGGUGGCACAGUUCCCAGGGAGGGGUGGCCUCAGCUGCAGAGGCACAGGUGACUCUGAGAUGCCAAGGUGCUGGACAAGGGAUCUCAUCUGUCCUUUGCCCUCUCUGGCAAGCCCUGCUGUCCCCUGGCCACGUGCCUCUGGAGUCUUGGUACGGUCCCCCAUUCCUCUCUGAGUACUGAACAGUAUGGGUGAUGGUGGCUCCUGUCCUCAGGCUCUGGGGCUCAGGAAGACCUGGCUAGGCCCAGCUGGUGGGUGCAAGUUUACAAAUUCUAAAGGUACAGUGACCCCCAGUCUCCUGGGGGCAAGGGAUGCUCCUCUCCUCCCAAAGCACACCAUGCAGUCCAGCUGCCUCCAGGGUUGAGUUUGGGGAGAAAUGUGAGCCUGGGAGGGAGAUAUAAGGGCUCAAAUAAAGAAGUCUGUCGAGGA